GUUUUUCCAUCUCCUUUGAGGCAUGCAGACGGCCUCUUUCUCCUCCUGAACCACUCUCCUCAAAACAACUCUCCCUCCCCCUGAUCUUGUCUUCUUCAUCCAGUCUGUCCCAUUCUCAAGACUUCGUCCGCCUCUUGAUCCCAUUCCGACACUCUCGAUGCCAUCCGUCCAUUAUAAAUAAUUAGCAGCGAUACAAGCAGCCAGUCGUGGACCAGUCGCUCGAUCCUUUCCCAUUUUAUCGAACUGAUAUCCCUUUGAGAGACUCGCAGCUCUCCGUCGGCCCCUUCUAGCCCGGCAUCCUCCUUCAUCUCUUCCCGACCACUCUGCAUACUCAUCGGUACCUUAUUACACUAGACUACAAUCAAUAGCCUAGGUAGAUACCAGCUGCUUCCAUUUUCCAUGGAUUCCAAUUUCAUUGCCAGACUAGAGCGUGAAGCACGCGCCAAGCAGGGGCUUUCCCCUCCCGCUGCAGAUGCCGACCACUCAAUCCAUCCUCCUCUAAGCUCCGAGUCUAACCAGAGCGAUCACAUCCGAUCCCGUCCUCAUCAAGCUCAGGAUCAUGAAGACACUGAGCUCGAAUAUGUUGACUGGGAUGAAGAUGAAGCUCUGCGGAUGAUUGGUGAGGUCCAAGAAGAGGUCGAAGACCACCCUCCAACCCAUCUCGAUAGUAUCGGUCCUCAUCCCCGACCUUCCACUUCUCACGAGCCAUCUGAUGACCGCGAUCCCGACCCACCAAACGAGGAGGCCGAGGAUGAUGACGAUGACGGAACAACCGAUAGUGAUCUGGAUGAGAUUCGUCCCAAGAAACCCGAUCCGAUCCCGACCAUCCGACUGACUCUAGCCCUAGACCUUCAACUCCCUCUAGAGAAGACUGUCGAGCACAGCGUCACUUUCUUAGCCAAGCAGGCUGGCUACAUACUACCAGCUGACACAGCCAUCACCUUUGGUGCCUCUGCUGUACCCGAACCGGAGCAGCCGCCCCCAGCACAAAAGCUAACAACAGAUACAUCUCUAGACAUCGCUCCCCCACCAAAACGACGCCGACGAAGAAGAAUUCAGGAACGAGAUGAAGGUUACGACAAAGAUGACCCAUUCGUUGAUGACUCGGAGGCGUUCAUCAUCGAACCUAAGUAUUAUCACCCUCCUGCCCGGGAUGGCUUCUUCGUGGUCUUGGGACCAGUGGAACUCAAGGCUGAUUCAAAGCAAACCAGAGUCCGUAAGCCGAAAAAACCACCCUUGGGCGGGGUCCCCGAUAACUCAUCCCAACCUGGCGAUGCCUCCACAACCAAGCGACGCAUUCCGCUUAACUCGGUACCCCAGUCAUCCUCUACCCUACCAACUCUUGCAGCUCAAUCUACCUCUCAGCUACCGAAGCCUCCUCAGGCAAAGCAGUCCGAUUCUGACCCGUUCAAACUUGAAGGUGCUCUUCCGUCAUCAGCGUCCGUCCCAAACAAUGCCCCUCAAUCAACCUCCCAACCACCAAAACCUGUGCAGAAGCCACAGCCUAGCACAUCCCAAGCGCCCAGCUCUGGAACUGCUCGCCCUGCUGAUAUUCGUCCAAUCUCUCAUGGUGCCCAGACCUCUCAUUCUAAUUCACCCAAACCGAUCAACGGUGAAGCCCACCCGGCCAGCACUCAAGCACCCCUUAAACCCGUCGACAGUCCUGGAGUCUUUUCUGCAACUACACCUCGUCAGCGCCCUGUUUCAACACAGCGUCACUCAGGAACACCGCAUGAUCCGAUCUACCUUUGCGAUGAUGAAGAACGCCAGACCGCAACACCGUCAUCUUCCAAGUUAAAGCAAGCUCCUACCCACAAAUCCGAACCACCCACCAUGGCGGUCGCUGGUCCUUCUAACCACACCAGCCGGCCGGCCCGACCCCCUUACCUCAAAGCACGUUCUUUGUCAGAGCGGAAGUCAGCUGGCCCACUGCCACGGCCUUUGGAAGAUGCACUUGAUAGCCUCAACGCUGAAAUUCAAGCAGUGUCUCCAUUUGUCCCGAAGAAGUUCCCAAAUGAAUUGAAGCCUUCGACGUUACGAGUUGCUCAAAUGGCUUUGGAUAUGAACGAGUAUGACGAAUGUUUCUUCAUCAGAUUAGCCCAGCUCUUUCCAUACAACACCUUCACAAUAAAAAAGUUUGUGAAACGCGAGAUUUUACCUCAGCGGAAAGCGUAUUAUGAGUCGCAGAUUAAUGAGCGAAUUGGGCGGCUGAAGCAGAUGGUCAUCGAAGGCAUGCCAGCGGCAAGGGCUGAUUACGAAGCGGCGUUACUCGAGUACGAAAAGGCCCAACGGGCGUGGCGCGAAAGCAGACCGGAAGAGCCCUCGGGCGCACUGCCUACUAAUGCUUCGACCAUCUUGGCCGACACUAUCAUGAAGAACCCUGUGAAUCCUUUCGAGCAAACCCCCACUGAGCCGGCGGACAAGCCCCCUAAACCUCCCCUGAAGACAUUUAAGUUGAAUACACCGAUGCGAGAAAUAAUUUAUGAAUUGAUCAAGUUGGAAGAUGAACUGUGCGAGACGAUUAAGGACACACAAAAAAUUGUCGAUAAGAAUGUAACAUUGAAGGACACCAGCAACCGAAGACAAUUUUAUUUAAGGUUGUCUCAUUUAUGGCCAGAUGAUUUCAUGACUACCCAGAAACUCAGCAGAGAAGUGGCGUAUAUGAAGAGAAAAAUGGAAGGAAAUUCGGUUGAUCCUCAAAACUUAAUCACCCUGCAAUGAUCAUCUUACUAGCACAGCCAGUAUCACUUCCCAAUGGAGUCAUUUCACAGAGCUGAUUGCCAAAGUCUUGAAUUCUUUUUUUCCGAUUGCAUAGCGGAAUACCCCAAACCCUAUUUCACUUCUAAGAUUAAAAUCAUGUCAUUUGAACUCCGAUAUAGCACUACUUGUUUAUUGGAGCUUGUUUUCUCUAUUUUUUUUUUUUUGGCUCUUACAAUUUUAUCUGAUAAGGAAAAAAA